AAUCGUCUCUCUGAAACUUUUUAUUUUUCUCUCCAAAAGAAAAAAUCAAAAGAAAUGGAUUCAAGAAGAAACCAAAACAGGUUAUCUAAUCUCCCGGAACACCUCUUGGUUCUGAUUAUCUCUAACUUGCCUUUCAAGGAAGCCGUGAAGACAAGUGUCCUCGCUAAGCCGUGGAAGCAUCUCCAUCACGGAACGACCAAUGUCUCUUUCAAAGAGUCUGACUUCGUGAAACGCUCCGUUUCGAGCAGUGAAGAAUCCUUAAGGGAAGCUAGGGUUUCGUUCGUUGGCUUUGUGGUUAACUGGGUUUCGAGAUUUCCCGGUGACGUCAUCGAAAGUUUCGAACUUUGUCUCUCCAAACCGGCGGGGUUCGAAACAGAGAUCAAGCACUUGAUCGAAUUCGCUGUGUCCAAAAAAGUCAAGAACCUAAGUCUUGAUUUCUCCGACCUUACGUGCAGUGCAAGUAACCAAGCGAGACCAGCAGUUAUGUUCCAGUUGCCGGAAUGCGUCUACACCCAAGCAAACGUCGAGGCGUUGAAGCUGUUCGCGUGCGGUUUCAACCCAUCAAGGUUCGAGAACCGAUGUCCGUUCAAAAGUCUCUGUUUUGGUUGGAUCGAACUCGGUAAGAUCAUGACUUUGCUAUCGAAGUCACCUCUUCUCGAGAGUCUAACCAUUCAAAACUGCUGGAACGUCGGUUUGGAAUCAAUAACCGGAGAUAACAACCGGUUAAGGGAACUGGUUUUCGAGAAUUGCGAUUUCGCCACGGAGUACACUAUGCUCGAGUUGCCGAACAUUCAGGUCUUCAAGUACACUGGAACGUUCCAUUACUUUCAGUUCUUGACAGUGAACAGGAGAAUGGAAGAAGCAUACUUGGACUACGGAGCAGAGACAGAUGACGAGAUAGGACAACUUUUAUGCGAUCUACUUUACGAUCUUUUGUCGGCUAGGAAGUUAACGGUAUGUCCUUUUCUCGUUAAGGCAAUUAAAGACAGUGACGAUUCGGUUCGGUUGAAAGCACCUAUGGAGACGAGACAUUUGGUGAUCAAGACCAAUCUUGUACCGGAUGAGUUCGUUGGGAUCAGACUCAUGAUCAAUAGCUGUCAUGAGUUGGAGACUCUCACUUUCCAAAUGGUUCCUCCUGUGUCUGUGGCAAGGACCAGUCCUGGAUUCAAUCCGAAGUCUUAUUGGACGUAUCCAAUUAGUCACAAGUGUUUGAAGAAGACGCUUAAGGUGGUUGAGGUCAGGAAUUUUACUGGAGGCACGUACGAGUUGGUUAUGUUGAAGUAUUUGAUACGGACGGGUUGUGUUUUGGAGAGGGUUGAUCUUUAUUUGCCGGUGGGGACUUCGGAGAGUGAAAAGGCAUCGGUGCGUGUGAUGAUGAGGACACUAGGUGAUGAGGGAGUUGCAUCUUCGAAGCGUUUAUGGAUUCGCCAUCACGAUGGUUGAAUAAACUGUCAAGCCUAUCGAAGACUCAUGUACAAGUAUUAACUGUUGUUACUUGUAUAUUCGAAU